AUGACAGAUGCAGCAAAGAUGAACUACACCUCUGGUAAUCAGACCCUGAAUGAAAGUGACACAUUAAAUCCAACAUGUGUGGCUGAUGGUAAUCCAACGCCAAAUAUCACCUGGACAAGAGUUUCUGACAACAAAGCUGUGUCCUUCCCUCUCAUCAUCAGUGGUAAACAAGAUGAAGGAGGCUACGAGUGCACUGCCAGUAAUGGUGUUAGAAGCCCUGAUAGCAGGAUCGUCUAUGUUUUUGUGCAGAGUAAGUUAAUUUUGAACUGUUUCCCUGUACUCCUGAAGUUACACAGGGUUACAAAAUCUCUCAGCUGGCAACCUUACCCAAUUAUUCAAUUAUUUAGCGUAAUAUCCAUCUUCCAGAAAAAAAAAAAAAAAAGAAAAAAAAUACAUCUGAAUAAUAUAAUUAAUACAUUUUUUAGUGAUGGGACGAUACCCUCACCAACUAUAUUUUUUUAACACCAGCGCCAAACUAGCACUUUAUCGAAAUAUUCUGAUCGACCAUUUAUAAAGGCUAUAAAAACAAUGAAAGGCUUAUUUGUUAAUUUAACUUCUGUAAAUGUUUCUGAAAUAUCUGAAAAAAAAACUUCAGCUACUUAUCACAAAAGUUUGCUCUUUGUCAGAAUUUACAAAUUAAGGUAAGAUGUAUUAUAAUACACCGAUAUGCCAGAUUCAAGGAAAAAAGUAAGCUGUUUAUUUUUUAAGUAGACAAUAGUCUUCAAGGGUAUAAAACUUACCUUAGCUGAACCAGAGGAGUGUUUUUCUUUUAAAUUCAUCGUAGACUACCACCCAGUAAACACCAUUGUGACAACUAAUCUGACUAACAACGUCGUUGUCGUGAAUGAAACGUUCAGUAUCACCUGCAGUGCACAGGCCAACCCACCUGCAAAGUAUCGAUUCUACAAUGGUAAUGAGUAUAUCAAUGGUGUAAACAACGAUGCAGUGAUUAUAACUUCAGUUAAUGAAAGAGCAAGAAUGGUGAACUACAGCUGCAUUCCGUUCAAUAUUUAUGGUAAUGGAAGGCAAGGAGCACUAGCAGUGACAGUGCACUGUAAGUAUUUGAUAGAUUAAACUCUGUAUCUUUUUGGGAGUUUCUAUGUUUCCUUAUACCGCGAAGCAGAGCGAUUAACUACGUAAUUAUGUAAUUACGAUUACAGUGAUACAGUGCUAGAAUCCUCUGCUGAUGCUUUCGUUCAGGAAAUAAUGUUCCUUAGCCUGCAAUGCAGGCGUCUUAAUAGGGCGUGUGAACAUUAAGAAGCUUACGAUCGUUUAAUAAACCGGUCAUGUAUGAUUUGGAGAUAGAGGCGGCGUUGAGGGAAGAGGACGGGCAAAAUUUCACUGCCUUUGGUACAAAUUUCUUUCUGUUCCCAGUCUUCGGCUGCCAUUCAAAUCAAAGAUGGCGGUCAUAAUUUUGGCUAAGAAAAUAUUGAGCACUCGGUUGCCAAUUUACGCCUGCCCUGCAGGCUAAUUUUCCUUGGUAGAGAAAAUUGACCCUGCCUUUUUUGUGUUCAUUCUUUUGGUAACGGUGAGAUGUUUCGCAUCUGAUUAGAUGUUUUCUAGUGCAUGUAAUAGUACUGUCUUGUAAAGCCACGAAAAUUGGCUCGUAACUGCUGAGUUAUGAAAAUUAUUUUUGAUAAGAUGUUAAUGAGAAUUGGCUUGCUUGGAAAAGCGUAUUUACUCAUCCAUGUGAUGUAUUUGAGAAGGCGUGUUACCCUAAAACAUGUCACAGAUAAUCCAAAGUGGUUCUGGAAUACUGCCUAGGAAUCUUUUCCCAAGCAAGAAUUCUGAUAAAUCACCUCUCCUGUCUCCCCAAGUUGACUGUGAGACGGUAACCGGCGAGUUUGAAAUAGCCAAUGCCUUAAACUUCUUUUUCGUCACUUAGCUUUUAAUCAAGUAACUGGGUAGCCAUUCGAAACCUUUGUAUUCUAGCUAUCAUUUAUCUUUUAACACAUUGCAUGAAAUGUUUUGCUUUGUCGGUCAUGGAGAAACAUUCGUGAAUUUGGAUAAAGCAAAUCAACCGCCGCAGCAAAUUUGGAAGAGUGAACGUUUGAUCAGCCGACGAAAUACGCUGAAAGCGACGGACUCGUUCAUAGUAUAUCUUCACUAUAUGUUUUCAUUUUUUCCUUCUCUUUUCUAGUUUGACACGGGAGAUGAACGCGAAAAAGAAAGAAAGUGGAAACUCCGCGUUAACGUACGUACUGCAAAUACCUCUGAAACGCCGUGAAUGUGUCUUCCAAUUAUGUCUGUGCUUUUAUUCUUAAUAGAGAAAUGAGACACCUUUUUCCUCUUUUCUGUUAAUUCGUCGACCGAUCUGAACUUAACUCAGUCCCAUCACUGUAUCUUUUCCAAAAUUUAAAAUUUACCACAUGGUUAAAAAAUAACCCAUAAAGCAAGGGAGUGGAUUCUAUAUUUGAAGAUUUCAAAUCUGUAGAUCCCAUAUCACCAGAGCAAAGUUAUUGUGAAAUUGGUCACUUCAAACGUUUCUAUAGAUAAGUUACAAUGGCUGAAUUCCACUUUGGAUCAGUUUUGUGUUGGGUACGAAAAGGCAUUUGCCGCGAGAACGUUUACUUACUCCGGUAAAGUAAAACUUAGUUUUAGUAACAUACAUGUAGUUUUCUGGCCGAACUGCCUCAAUUCUGCCACAGUUCAGCACUAUAACAUGCGUCGCACUGUUCGUUGCUAUUGGAUUUUUACUUGGUGAGUAUGCCGAGUAUGCCUGUAACACUUAAUGAAAAACAUUGAUUUUCUGUUUUGUUUGAUUUUUAAAUCAAAGAUCCAGCGGUGAUCACAAACCCAGGAAAUCAGACAUUUAGGAAGAAACCUGGAGAAGAGGUCAGCUUUUCUUGUUAUAAAGACGGUUACCCAACACCAACAGUUACCGGGACAAAGGACGAUGUCGACAUGAAUUGGAAUUCUGAAGAUAAUCCCAGUAAAGUGAUUUUUCAAGUAAAAGAGUCCAGCCCUGGUUGGUAUCGCUGCAAAGUCGAAAAUGAAUUAAACAUGGUUUUCAAAGGGUUUCGCCUCAGUAAGUAGAUUUGAUCCAAUGUUAUGAAACGUAGCGAUUUUGAAAUACGUCUUGCGUUUCGUUUUGAUAAUGUUAUAGAGACUAUGAAAUAAACGAAUAAUUGGAAGUAAGUAAUUCACAUACGCGCGUAGGUGUCUGUAGAUGUUACCGAUGUUAAUUUUUGAAUUUUUUUCUUCCUAAAGUUGUAUCUGACGAUAAAUUCCUCGUAAAGUUAACCGUCACUAACAGAGAUUGCAGCGAUAAUCUUCAAGAAACCCUUAAGCAACUACAGUCCAAAGUAAGUAAAAGAAAUGAGGGCGAUUUACAACAACCACGAUUAACAACAACCACAAUUUACUACGACCAACAGGCAAUACCAACGGGUCGACUGUGGAAUAAAUUGAUUGUGAAGAAAAUCACCUAGUUUAGAUCAAGAGCUAACAAAAAAAUCGCAAACCAUAAAUUGACUGCGACAAUUUUUCUUUGCAUUGCUUAACUUCACACGCCGUAAAUGCUUAAGAAAACGUACCUCCUCUAUUUAGCUACGGCCAUAGAAUGUCUAUUUUACAUAAGUUAAAACAGAAUUAGAUUUAUUUCUUAGCUUACUGAUCCGCUGAACUAAUUGGCCAAUGGCCGCUUUCUUCACUCGCUUCCCGGAGGUAACACAAUCUUUUCGGCCCAUUCAGGUGAAAACUUUUCCGUUUGGGUAAUUUCAGAGAGUGUAAACUUUCAAAUCAUCCACUUUUCCAUUGAAGAACAUGGACAAAUACGCAUAGUUCACUCUUUUUUAAUCAUUUACAAGAUCUUGCAGGCAUGCAUGUUCACGAAGUUGUAGAGCAUGUUAUUGUUAUUUUUAGAACAGAGAUUGCUAUUGUCUUCUGGUCGUUGUCAAACAAAAAUAAUAACUAGAUGCUUAAGUUAUUUUUUUUGAGUGCGUCUUUACUAAAACAAUUAUUUUACUCAGGUUUGCCUGAUAUGUAAUUAUCAUAACCAAAGGCCGGGUAUCCUAUGUACCUCUAAGUGACUUGCGUUGUUAGAGCUUAUUAAUCGAUGGAAUUUUUAUCUUAAUCCCUGAGUAGGUAGGUGAAGUUCUUAAAUUAGUGUUCCCGUCGUUGGAAGCAGUAGAAGCUACAAAGUACAAGUAUGAUGUUUGCUUGUUAUAUUAUACUUCUGUAACUUUGUUAUUCGUCCCAGAAGGCUAUAAGAGAGUCAUUUACAGCAGCUUGUACUGGGUGGAUCAUUGUUGAACCGGGCUUCGUCAUUUUGCAUAUUGAAUUCCCGCCAUCCUGCAAAGAGCAUCUGAUUUCAGAUGUUCCUGUUUAGAACGUUUUUAUGAACCUGGGUAAAACGCUGUAUACUAUUAGCUGUCUUGGGUCAUUCAAAGCCUUUAUACAGCUUGCAAAAGGAAAUUAGAAGCACUCAUCAGGUCGUCAAUAAUUACAGCUCGCAUACGAAUUAAACAAUUUGUUGCCGUUGCCUUGAUGCUACUAGACCAAUUGAAAGAUUUCUCUGCAUGUUAAGCCUUGGCUCCACUGUUAUCCCCAGGUGCGGCAGCAUAACUGUCUAUCUCUCAUUGGAAUUCAAUCAAAAUGAAGAGAUAAGCAAAGUUUUGUCAGUUCUGAGCAAGGCUGUUACACCUGGAGGCAAAGGUAUAAGAGCCUUUGCAGUUGACUCAGGAUCAAUCCAAGCGGUUUCUGAUGAUGAGAUACCUUCUGAUGCACUUUCUAGCACCACCAAAACAAUUAUUACCUCAGAAGAACCAACAGGUAAGGUGCGUAGCGAGUCGUAAGGUGCGUAGCGAGUCGUCUUUACUGUCACGAAAAUAGUUUUGGUUUUGCAACCUAAGGUUAUACGUAACCAUCCUAAUUAUACAUCAACGAUCAGAUGACCAUGGCAGCAGUGGUAAUCCAUCGUCAUGUUUUGAUUAAGAUCAGUAAAAUCUUUUAUGUUGUUGAUUAUUUCUUGUAUAUUGAUUGACUGGUAGAUUUUUUAACCCGAAAAGUGUACAUACACGUUUCAUACUAAUAUUAAGAGCCUAGAAAUGCGGCUCAGUAAAAUUAUUUCAUACGUAAAUUUUCCACGAACCGAAGACCAGUUAUGAACAGCCCGAGGUUUAUUUAAAUAUGGAAAAGUUCUACGCUUGUUUAGCAUCAUCUUCAGCAAUCUUAGGUUUAUGUUUGACCGUUAACUUAUUUUGCAGAAUAUGAAAAAAUCCGAGUCUGUCUUUGUGAAUAAGUAUACAUGAAUAGGUCUAUGAAUUUUUAUUUAACAGAGAUGAACAUGUGUGAAUGUUCAUGUAAACACGUCUUACUUGGAUCCAUCAUCGGAGUUCUUCUUCUAUUUAAUAUCAUUCUCGUUAUCCAUGUGGUUUGGAUUCACAAAAAAGGUAAAUGAUUCUUGGUUUUCCUUGAGGUGCCAACCAAUUCUCCUAUGCAUUUUUUGUUUCGUAGCUUUGCCCUCAUCUUUUAUUUUUUCCUUUGAUAGAAACUGCGGCAAAGCAAAGGUGAGUCUCAUUGCCUUUGGGAUUGAUUUGUUAAGCGACCCCAUCCGGUAAGACGAGGGAUUACUCUCUUUAAUUAGAAUAAAGCAAUUGUUAUAGCUCACAAUGAUAACUGCAAUUCUAAAAAGGAUAUUUGGAUUUCCUUUUUUAGGUUCUUGCUAAUGCUCUACGACUCGCAAAAAAAUGAAUGACACGACAAAUAAGUUUCAGUAGCAUUAUGAACAACUGGCUAGACAAUUAAUAAAAUUUCCUUGAGUUUUACACAAUUUAAUUUAUUAGCAUUUAAUGUUGGCAGAAUCUUCAAUUUGUCGUUUUAAUCAUGUAUUUGUAGCUUUUGUAUAUGUCACAAGUACAAAUUUUCACUUGUGAAAAAUACAAAACACAAGUACAAAACAGUUAUAAACACUAAAAAGACUACCCUCACAUUUUGUUUUAUUUUAGACCAUAUGAAGACAGCAAAGAAGUAUAUGAUGUAAGAAAAGUUCUGAUUAUAUGUUGAUUUUUAUUUUUCCCUUUUUUAUUGAUUCUUUUAUAAGGAACAGGUGACUUAACCUUAGAAAAAAAGACCCUUAGCGUUAAAAUAUAGGCGAAGUUUCGCCGACUUAUAAGGCAGAAAAGGUAGCAGUUUUUACGUAAGGAAUUAAAAAAAAUUGUUCCUUUCUUUUUCUUCAUCUCAGAACGAAAUGCCAAUGAAAGAUCAUAAGGCCGAACGCUCAGAUGCAACACAAUUUAUCCAGCCUCGCGCAGAAUACAUGGAUCUCAAAGAAAUAAGUACUGAACGCAAUACCAAAGAAGAAAGCACUCAUCAAGUGGCUGAUUACGCGCCUCUCCAUCCAUUAACACGCUCUUGGGAGGUUCCAAGGGAUCACGUGACAGUAGAAAAAAUCAUUGGAAAAGGUGCUUUUGGUCAGGUUGCUAAGGGAACAGCUGAGAAAUUCCGAGGAAGGCCUGGUACAACUACAGUGGCUAUUAAAAUGCUGAAAAGUAUGAUCUUAAAUAUCUUAAAAAUUGUUUAUAUUCUGUGAAAUUUUUCGUGUACUAAAAAGUGCACGUGUGUGAGCGUGAAAUGCUAACCUUGCGUAACCUAUACAAAGUUAGUCAUUUAUAACUCAUUAAAUGCGAUUACUGAGACAAAAGUGUGUGACAAAAAAAUUGGAAUCACUGCAUUUUGUUGGGUCUCAUCUAAAUUGAAAGCGUGUGUGUCAAUACUUAAAUAUCAAUCUGCACCGCUUCCGCUGUUCUUUAAAUAUUUUCUUUCCUCUAACCCGAAAUUUGAAUGAUCGAAUUUUGAUUGGAGUUUUGGAGGUCAAAACAAAAAGAAUUGUGAAGCAUCGCUUCCUACAUUAAAUGGAAAUACAAUCAUAAGUGCUUCGAUGAAUGAAGAAAGUUAAUCUGUUCCUAGAAAUCGUUGCCUAGCAUGUAACAAAAUUUCUCAUUCAGGGGCACCAUUUUGCCUGUGUUCGCAAACAACAAAUUCAAUGAUCACAGAAUGUCUCCCGCAAGUAGGUAGAUUUCUCUACUUCCCGUUCCUUCGAGCAUUUCGAUUUUAAUGGCGGGCUCUUGUUGAAAUGAAGGUGAAAGUCAUGUUUAAGUUCUUUGACAUGCUGCGUUGAAAUUGUAUCACAUAAAAGGAGCGAAUUACUAGAACAAAAGUGAGAUUAAGUGAGAGGUAGAUUGUUAAAGCGAAUGAUGUUUGAACGCUCAACUUUGGAAUAUAAAUCCCUGCAGCGAUAGCAUCCUUGUGAGAGAGUUCACGCAAAUGUGUGCAUUGAAUGGCAAGCGAGUUAAAAUACACGCAUUCGCGUGUAAACCACUGCAAGCGUGUACUUUUCCUACUACACGUCCUUUACUUUACGAAGUUCAUUCAAUUAAUACUCAUUAGUUGCGCUUGACACACGCGUGAGGUGCUGUUGUACACGCAACAGGUACCGUCAAUUUUACCUCAAAUUCCUGUAUCAAGUGACAUUUUACCGAAAAGAUCCCGUACUAAUGAAUGGCGCUGGCGAAAUUAAAUCCUUUCAUAUUCUAAGCUGGUUUUAAUAUCUAGGUAACGCUACAGAAUCUGACAAGAGAGAUUUGAUGGCGGAACUUGACACAAUGAAGCAGCUAAAACCACAUCCUCACGUCAUCAAACUUUUGGGAUGUGUUACGGAAUCUGGUGAGCUGAUUCAUCCAACUGUUUGCUUUAUUCGUGUAUGAUGUAACACUUUUAAAAACUACUGGGAAACGGAGAUCAAGAGGUUGUAAGGAGACUUUAAUGAGGCUACUUAAUGGUCCUUUUUUUUAAAUGUAAUUCAUCAAAAUUGAUAUCCUAUUCUUCACUUUCCUUCGUAAUAUUACAACCGCUCUUCAGUGAUAGAAAUGUAUUCCGAUUCUUCAUAGUGAUUUAUGUCCCCCUCCCUUUUAACCUUUUUACCUGACAAUUUACCGUGACGUUGUUAAAUGAUAAGUUGUCUUACGAUGUGUGUCAUGUUUUACAAUGCAAUAGCACCUCGAGAACUUUGACUGACUUGACGGUAGACUCAAUUGCAACAUCACUCUCUACUUCUACUGCAGUGUUUCUUUACUUUCGAAGUUCUCCAUAAACUACAUCUUGUGUUCAAACGAGAAUUUUCCGUUAAAGUUACGUGUUUACUUGUCACAAUGAAACAGUUUUGACCAAAGGAAAUGUCAUAUUCCAGCAAACAUUCUCAAUUUAACGACGUAAUCCUACCAAAAAUUCACAUGCAACUUAGGAUGCUACUUUUAGACGAUUUCUAAACAAUUCUUCCGUGCUUUCACGUUUUGUACCUAUCAAAUUCACUCUUAGCUACCUUGAACUUCACCCCAUCACGUGUCAUUUCCUUGUAAAGAACCUGCAUUUUAUCAUUUAUUCCGCACGGACGCGGCAAAGUCCAGAUAGACAAAAGCCAAAAAAGGAAACCCACGCCGUUAUGCCCCCAAGAUAGCCAAAAGAACGGAGACGGCAAAGAUUUUUGGUUAUGGCUAUUGGAGAUAAAAUAGAGUUUCUUUAGUCGGUUUACUUUCCACAGCCACAUAGCGUGGAAGAAUAUUUUUGAGGCAGCUAGCUGUAACUGAGUAAUUUCGAUUUUGUCUUUGACGAAGAAAGGACGCGAGUUUCUCUGCCCGCGGAAAUUUUUGAGACAAUUCGGCGCUAAUUAUCAGUGCUAGACAGUUAUCUCGCCACCAGGAAUAUUUGCCACCGGCGAGCUAGCCACUAAGGCAGUCUCGCCGCCACCAAGUCGCCACCAGUAAACUCGCCAUCAAGGUUGCUAGCUAAUUUGACAUAAAUUCAAAGCAUCAGGUGACUCUUCAGUUUGAUCUUCAGUAUUGUGGGCAUCGCCGUAAGAAUGCCACGCGCAAUACUGCAGAGGCGUGCUUAAGCCUCAAUUUUUUUUUUUAAGAUGGCUGAAGGUGAGUCAAAUGCGUGUAACGAUCUAAAAGGCACCAAUUUGAUCUGAUCAAAGAUGACAACAAGGUAUUAAACGAACUAUCAGACGAUGAAGUCUAGCCUGUAAAUAUUUAGAAUGUACAUCAAAGGAAAAGCGACUUUUAAUUUUUAAUCGAAUGCGAACGAAAAAUAGGAUCAAGAUGAAAUGUUAUCGAUCGCAUGCAUUUUUUGUCGACAAAACGAGUGUUUUGAAGUUUGAAAGUUCACAAGGAGAUCCUGUUUGCUUUUUACCACAUAAAAACAACGAGCAACAAGUUAGAGCUCCGGCGAACGUCUAUUUAUUCAAUCAAACAUAUUAUAGCUAUACUUAAAACAAUUACAACAAAUGGCUACCGGAUGAGUGUUUGGUGACAAGGUAACACGCCCUGGUGGCGAGAUCGAUUACACUUUAGUAGGAGGCUUCAUGGUGGCGAGGAGACUGGGUGUUUUGCAGAUUUCUGGCGGGCUCGUGUGACUAAAGGCCUCAUACUUUCCGUGGGCGAGGAAAUUCACCUGACCAAAUGCUAAUAAUGAGAGCCUACUCACAGACUAGCGUUAUCUCAUUCGCAGUCGAUGUUUGUUCUCGUUACGCGCUGCACCGGUCGCGGAGCGCUGCACCGGUAUCGCAGAGGUCAGGGGUUCAAGAUCCGUACGGGCCUGAUUUUUUUUUCAGGUCUUAUUUCAACUACUAGUUCAAUAGUGUUCAUAGCUGCGAGGAUCUUUUAUAUUCGUUUCUUCACCGCAGUACACAUACAUGAUUUUCAUAUAUCUAUAAUCAUGUCUGUAAUAGCUUUGCUUAGUAGCUUUUUUAUGACAUUAACAAACCAGGGACUAGUUGGGUACCAUAGAUUUACUAUGAAAUGUAAAGAAACUCACUAACGUAAAAAAAUCUUCAUCACUUCUGACCUAUUUUCUUAGAGCCACUGCUGGUGUUGAUAGAAUAUGUACCUUUUGGAGACCUGCUUGGCUACCUGAGAAAGAGCCGUGGAUUAAAUGACACUUACUAUAAAGACCCGGAUAUCAAACCACAAACAAACUUAAGAUCACAGCAGCUGAUGAAGUUUGCAUGGCAAAUCGCUGAUGGUAUGAGCUACUUGUCGUCGAAAUCUGUAAGUUUAAGAAUUUGGAACUAUCUGUCAGAUUAAAUCAGAUAGAAAUAGUUCUAAAUUUUUUUUAUUUUUCUAGAAAUACUUCUGCUACCUCAAACAUUAACAUAACACGUAAUUGAAUAGUAGAAAGAUGUCUCUAUAUCUUCUUACCAUUAGACGGGACACUUCGAGUGUCUGAAGGGCACAUAUAUUUAAAUAGUGAUAAUAAUCAUAAUUUUUACAAUGACAAUGAUAAUAGUAAUUAUGAUGAUGGCAAUAAUGAUAUUUACAACAACGAUAAAUAUCAUUAUCCUUCUGAGCUGGGGCAAAUAAUCAGAAUUAGUGAUUUUGUCUGCUUUUUACUGAAGGAAUUUCGGAUUUCAUUGAUUUCAUUGUGGCUACCGUCUCAUAUUGGAGACGAAGCCACAUAUGUCGUCGGAAUUAGUGAGUAAGUGAUGGUAAGUAACAAUAGAAUGCCGAAUCUCACUGGAUUUCGACCCGAUGUUACCUAUUUUUUGUUUCGGAGUAUCUGAGUAGUUUGAUAUUUGCACUGACUUCACAGUUGAGUUAUUUACUUUUGGGAUUUCUAGCCUAUUGCCUCUAACACACUAUGUCACGGACCUUGAAAGUCCGUAAGUAAAUAAGAAAUUCCGAGACUUUUCGGAAGCUGUUGAAGAAAUCUCACGCAACCACUUUAGAAUUUACCUGAGUUAAUUGAAUCAAUUUUCACCUUUAACACCAGCUUUUUACAACUAAUACCUAGUAACGUUGUAUCAAAUGUCACUUUAUGAGUCAACAGACAUGAAACACGAGCCGUAAGAACAGUCAAAGCUCAUUGCUGACUGACUUAAUUCAAACAUCUUAUAUAAACGUUGGCGACUGCCGCAUCUGAAAGAACAUUCUCAAUAAUAAGAAUGCCGAACUUCACUUUAUAGUUUGCCUCUGACUAUCUUCGUUGUUUGACAUUCUUUCUCCAUAUCAUCUACCACUGCCGCGUUUGAAUCAGCGAAUUAUGCCCAGUAGAUCCGGAAAUUAAAAUUUUUCAGGAUUUGCCUUGACACUACGAAAGACUUUAAACAUCUCAAAACAAUUUCACAGUCUCUCCGAAGCGUAAUUUUAAUUACAAAAAAAAUGAAACUUGUCCUUGUAGUGUAAAUAUGUGUGAUCUACCUGUCAUGGGAAGUUUGACGAAAAUCUUUCUCUUUGUAGAAAGAACAUUAUAUUGUCUGAAUCAGCCAAUAUUCCCGAAAGAAUUGCUAAAUUUGGAAGGCAAUCAGUGAUCGAAGUUUAACAGGCUGAUCUAUUUUAGUUCUAGUUUAGAUUAUUCUAGUUUAACAGGCUGAUCUAUUCAGCGGAAUGAUGGAACGGUAGAUUGGUGCAACGGCGGUAUGGCGUGAUGUCCUUAAACACGAAAUGACUGAAUAUCUUAAAGUGCGGAAUGCCUUGUUGUAUGAAACAAAAGUCCCACAAAAAUAGAAUUGUGAUGAAAUAAGAAAACAAUUUUUAAAGAACAGGCAAAAUCAAAAGAAGCAGUGUCUGAUAAUUAUUGGAGCUCAGAGGAUGGAGGAACCGAGAGGCUUUUAAGCUAGUCCCGCUAAAUUGACAUUACCGUUGUUAUCAUCAUUAUUAUUGUUAAUAGGAUUAUUUGUUACCGUUUAAUUAAAUGUCAAUUAGUCACUAUAUUAUUGAACCAUCUUUAAUUUCUCUUGUGGAACAAGGUACUCAUAUUAUAUAUAUACAUACACCAUAUUAUACAACCACUACUGGCGUUCAAUACCAUAAAAAAUUUUGCUUUAUCAGUUGCCACAUGUAAUCUCAGACGGCCUAUUUUUUCUCCUUCCUAUUAGAUCAUCCACCGAGACCUCGCAGCUCGUAACGUGUUGGUCGGAGAAAAUGAAACAUGUAAAGUAACAGAUUUCGGAAUGGCUAGAAAUGUGCAAGAGGAAAAUAUCUAUGAGAGAAAGACAAAGGUAAUAAGAAAGAAACAGGCUUUGCUUCAGUAUAUGACAUGCAUUCGUGAUGACUGCGCUCUUCUCUGUUGUAAACUACGCAGGAGACGGCUAGAUCACGAGAGAAGUGUAGGGAGAAACACGCUUUCUAAGUGCUUUACAACAGAACAAGCACAGUCAAGGCUUCUCUAUUUGUUUCAUAAUAAGUAAUCCUUUAAAUUCCCCACUCAUUACUUUCAAUUUUCAAAACAAGCUUUAUUUCCAAAGCGAACAACAGUUUGUGGGCAUAUCUAUACUCUCAUAAGUCACGUUAGAGUGGUUCAAAUAAUCUGAUUGGUUGAACAAGACUAAAGCUGUCAAAAAUGACAAACCAUCAAAGUUCAAAAACCAUUAAAGAUCACAAUCUGCAAUAGUUUACAAAGUGAAAAGUGAAAUAUUCAAUGAAAUCCGAACGAAUUGUGGUCAUAAAAAUACGUAAGUUUUUUCUCAUGACAAUUAGAGAACAAACUGCUUGAGGCGUGUGUUUCAUGAAUGAACUACAGCCGAAUUUACUGGAACAUGAAGAUUGCUCGAGCUCGAAAUGACAGAAUCGUAAAACUCGGCUGCCUUGACUGAUGUGGCCUUCCAGUCAACGCAUUGGAAAGAGCAUAGAGUAAGCUUUUAGUUGUUCACUCGAAGAACGCCCGAUGUAACUGUAACUGCGAUGACUGGGGACCGCCAUUAUGAUCUAACCGCGAUGGACCUCAGCAGGAUUGCAGUCGCUCUGACACUAUCAUUAGUAGUAUGAAUUUUAACAGUUAUGCCAGUUUUGCUAUAUUUUACAUCAUUCCCGUUUCUGUUUUGUUUUUGAACUCGAAACUGUAUAUAAUAUAGGAGUGUCAGUUACCUGUGUUUGAUUUUAUUACCAUAAGUAAGUUUGCAAAUGUAACUGAGCUUUAAAAGGUGCAAAACUGAGACCAUCCAUUUCGUUUUUUCUCUGAGGACUUUCGUCUCUGCUCACGCUAUAAUAACGUAAAUUACGUCGCUAUGUUCACAAUUCUUUGUUCGGCUCUUCUGCUCUUCUGUUGCCACUUGCCGGCUCGCUUGUUCCGAAAAUUCACUUUUAAUUAACCAAAAGAAGCUAAAGAAAAGUCCCGGAAAAGAUCGGACAUAGCACAAUCUGGCAGAUGGCGUGACAGCUUUAGUUCAGCUUUAUACAUUGUACCCUUUUAGAGAACGCUCUUUCAACCAAUGACUACGCGCGUUAUAUCUGGACUUUAUAGAAAAAGUUUACUUCUUGACAUUGUGUAUGCAUUUUCUCAAAAGUUCCUUUGACAAAUAAUGAUACGUUUGACGAAGGAGUACGUCGCGCGUUAUGUGGGUCAAAGUUACCUUGCAAACUUUAUUUCAGUUUUAAUUUCGAAACCUAUUCUGCAAUUUACAACAAUUUUCAAAAAACAGUCUUUUCUAUGCAGUUAAGCCAAAAUUGGCGUAAGUAAGCACGGCCGUACAUUCAUAACAUGACGUGUACAGUUUCACCUCUACUGCGAGUUCCCGUCAAGUUUAGCGGCGAUGUGUCAUACUUUUUAAAAAUGAUAUUCCAUUCCAUUCCGAUUAAGAUAGACCUUUUGGAGAACAAAAUUAAAAGUAGUUAUGCAAAGCAAUACCCGUUUUGAAAAAACAACAACCCUGUAGCCCUUCCAAGUGACAAAAUUAGCUCUGGAGUUAACCAAACAUUUUUUCCCGAACGCGUUGCUUCACUGAGUUAUUCUGGCUGAAAACAAAACUGAACUUUCCGACUUCAACUGAGGCUUUGCGAAGCUGGGGACUCUUCUAUAGAACGGUAAAUAUUAUUUUGAAAUGUCCAAAAGUGUUGUUCAAAAGAAGGUUUUGUGACAGUUUCAAAAUCAUACAACUUUCAUAAUAAAAAACUACGCAAUCUUUUGGUCGUAAAUUUUAGUAAACAACAAUUUAAGCACGCUUAAUCGACAACGCGUUCUCGCACACGCAAGAAAUUCGUUCGUCAAUUCGUUUUUCCCUUCUGAGCAAAACAUUUAAUAACUAUUUAAAUAAAGAUUUUAUCUCUAAAUAUUUCUUGGUCGUUUUUUCGUUGUCCUUUAUCCACAGUUGUUGGUUAGAACACGAUUACCUUGUAAACCCGACACAGUUGCAAUAAACUCUUUUCUUUGUGCACAAUUUGUGACUGUAUGUCAGAGUUGCUCUCGGCUGCGCCUGGAGCAACUCUUACGCUUCUCUCGUGCUCUCCAAACUUCGCACGCGAUUUAUCCGAUCGCUUUAGCUCUUGCUUUGCUUGCUAUUGAAAUUAUCUGCGAAUCGAUUGACCGAUCACAUUUCCUGUGAAAAGAAACGCGUCCAUUUUCUGUGAAUUCCUCACCGAUCACAUUUUCGUCACAAAAUUCAACCAGGCGCAAAGGCCACUGCAUCCAUUCUUGCAUUUUUAGCGUAGAUGAGUUGCAUCUUCACAGUACAGGCCUAGUUCUUGGAGAACGUUACUCUUCACCUUAUCAACCUUUUAUAUAAAAAUUAUAAUAAACAUUUAUAUAAAUUAAAGUGAUGAUGUAGCUGAUAACGUGUUGCAAAUACUGCAAAAAGUGCCAGUCAUUUGUCAAGGCUAGCAGCCAGUGUGCCCAGACGUGCAGUCGAUGGACUCACUUUGGUGAAAUGAUGUCAGUUCUGGCAGACGCUGAGUGAGAUUAGCAGACAGUAUCGUUUGCUGUAAGUUCAACAGUUGGGUAUAUAACAGUGCUUUCCCAGCUUACUUCGAGGUAGAAGUUUUGGGUGAGAUAAAUUAUAGUCAAUGUUCAGCGUUUAUGAAUUUUAAAGUUAUCCAGGGGACAGAGUAGAAAAGGGUAGUGUCUUGGAAAUAAAUUUCCCCUCAAAAAGAAUAUUUUCCUCAUUGAGAAAGAAGGCAUGGUUAAUGCAAUGGCGAUCCUGAAUAUCUUAAAAGAGUGUCUCCGAGUCACAUAGUCGUUAAUCUUCCUCGGCCUCAAAUUCUUAACCGAAAUUUUUUUUUCCGAUCAAAAUUUUAAGGGUCGCCUUCCAGUAAAGUGGACAGCUUAUGAGGCGCUGUUGUAUGGAAAAUAUACCACCAAAAGUGAUGUGUAAGUCCUGUGAAAUGAAUUUUUCGCCAUUUUCUAUGUUCUUAACCAUAAAGAUGUACUCGUGGCAGUAGUUUCAUAGUAUCUAUCGAUGGUGUUCCACAAGUCUUUAGUAUAAUCAAAUUAUUUAUGUUGCUUUAAGUUGUAAUACUUGGACUGGAGAACAGAAUGUUUUAAAUGUCUGAUAGUUAUUGAAUUUUCCGUGUUGUUUUAUUGCCUCAUAGAUGGAGCUAUGGAGUUGUCCUUUAUGUGAUUUUUACAAUAGGUAAUAUUAAUUGAUUAGUUUUCAGCGAUUUACAUCAGGGCAGCAACAGAGUUGCAACCACAAUAUGUUUUAACUGGGUUGAUGUUUUAUAACAUUAAAGGGUGGCUGGGGUUAAUUAUUGAAAGGGAUCUUCCAUUUCACUUACGAGGUAAGGGUUAAACUUGGGAACAGAGAUUUUCUCUGUGGGUUUACUCACAAAAGAAACGCUUGGCAGCGUAAUUAUUGCGAUCAUUAAAAGUUUGGUAUUUCAUCUCUUUGUGGAUCAUUAAAUCUCUACGUUUGUAUUUUUAUCAUUCAAUGCCACGAAAAUGAGGGGAAAUUCAAAUAAUGCACAAUUUUUAAAUUAUACGACUCACUGCUGGUGUGCAUUGGUUUUCACGAAAGAAAUACCGAGUCGUUUCGUAUCCACGGUUGAUUUCGUGCCCAGCUGGUUAGUUUUGUACCCAGUCAUUUGAGUCGUUUCAGACCCAGCUCGGUCGUUUCUCACACAAAAUUAAAAGGUAUUUUUUCCAUGUUAAGAUUGUUUAAAGUAUGGUGGGUUUUUUAUCGUGAGUAGCAAGAUUACCUGCAUUGACUAAGUUUUGUUAACAUAGUGUCCAUUUUUGAAGCGCGACCACCGAGUGUGUCCAAAUUACAUUAUUAAUUCAGUCGAUAAACUAACCCGCCGAAUAUAAGGCCUGGAACCGAAAAAGGGGGGUCUGGGAGUCAUAAGACAGGCGCGAAGAAUAUUUCUACUAGAAACAUUUAUACUUUUCUCCCUAAUUAGCAUACAUUAUAACAUAAUGCUUAUAUUUAUUUUCUUUUAGAAUAAUAAUAACAAUGAUAGAAAUAAUAUCUCACUUACACGAGCUGAUAUUGUUAAACAAAGUCACAAGUAUAAACAAUAGACUUUUCCAAUAAAAAUGUCACACUUACCUUGGCUAAGCAAUAAUGUUUCAAAUAUACACAACAUAAUUUUUAUCUGUACCUCCAAUACUCGCUUGACUCUACUACCUUGUUUUACGCAACAGUUGACAUCUGUUCACGCGCUCGCGCAGGAAGUGUUUCGAAUAAAUAGGAAGAAUAUAAAUCAGGUAAGAAUCGAUCGAUGGCUUAGGUACGAAUUGAAUCAAACUUAGGUACGAGCCGACUCAAACUCGGGUGCGAACUGACUCAAACUUGGGUACGAAACGACUGGGUACCGGAAGGACCGGAUACCCUUUAAAAAGUGUUCUCUCUGACUAAGAGGACGCGUUCCAUGUCAUACAUUAAUUUUGAUCAUUUCCUCAUUUUGCCUUAUAAAAAUCCAAGCAUAGCUAUAGAUUUAUGCUCGUGAUGCAAUAGUGUCCAGAGUUUCUUUACAUCAGGUGGUUCACCGUAUCCGCGGAUGGAUGGCAGGAAAAUUGCCAAUUUACUUCAGCAAGGAUACAGAAUGCCUAAACCACAACAUGUGGAUGAUAAAUUGUAA